CCCCCAGGCACCACCACCACCACACACCACCCCUCCGUCCCGCAUUCGAGACAUCUGGCCUCUUUUUCCCCAACUGCGCCAAUCCUUCUGCGCUGCGCACCGGCCCAGUAGAGACACAUAUUAUUCCCCCCCAGGGCAGAGCCGCAUUGGACUCCCACUCUCAGCUUCCCGUGUCGCAGUCCCAGUCCCCGGGAUCACGCAAUACUCAAGGGUCCUCUCCUUCUCCUUCUCGAGCCUGUCCUGCCCGCCUGUGCCUCCGCCGUCCAAGCAACCAUGGAGGCUUCCUUCGCGCAGCCUAUCGACAAGGUCCUCGCCGGCUUCGGCGUCAGCGCUGACGCCGGCCUGACCGACGAGCAGGUCAACACUCUCCGCGCAAAGCACGGCAAGAACUCAAUCCCGGAAGAACCCCCGACUCCUCUGUGGGAGCUCAUCCUCGAGCAAUUCAAGGAUCAGCUCGUCCUCAUCCUCCUCGGUUCUGCUGCCGUCUCCCUCCUCCUCGCCUUCCUCGAGGACGAGGGUGGCUGGAGCGCAUUCGUCGAUCCUGCCGUUAUUCUCACGAUCCUCAUCCUCAAUGCCGUCGUUGGUGUCUCACAAGAGAGCAGUGCCGAGAAGGCCAUCGCCGCUCUCCAGGAAUACUCAGCCACCCUCGCCAGUGUCAUCCGCAACGACGGUCAGAUCUCGCGCAUCAAGGCCGAUUUCCUGGUUCCUGGUGAUAUCGUCUCUGUGACCGUCGGCGAUCGUAUCCCGGCGGACUGCCGCCUAAUCUCAAUUGAAAGCAACUCGUUCGCGGUCGACCAAGCUAUUCUCACUGGCGAGAGCGAGAGCGUGGGCAAAGACGACCAUGCCGUGCUUAAAGAUGACAAGGCUGUCCUCCAGGACCAAAUCAACAUGCUCUUCUCUGGAACCACUGUCGUCACUGGCCGUGCCCGUGCUAUCGUUGUGCAGACUGGCUCGAACACCGCAAUUGGAGAUAUUCACGAGAGCAUUACUGCCCAGAUCUCCGAGCCAACCCCGCUGAAGCAGAAGCUCAACGACUUUGGUGACUCUCUCGCCAAGGUCAUCACCGUCAUCUGCAUCCUCGUCUGGCUUAUCAACAUUCCCAACUUUGCCGACCCCAGCCACGGACACUGGAGCAAGGGCGCAAUCUACUACCUCAAGAUCGCCGUUUCCCUUGGUGUCGCCGCUAUCCCCGAGGGUCUUGCCGUCGUCAUCACUACCUGUCUCGCCCUCGGCACACGCAAGAUGGCUGCCAAGAAUGCCGUUGUCCGCAGCCUGCCUUCUGUUGAGACUCUUGGCAGCUGCAGCGUCAUCUGCUCGGACAAGACUGGUACCCUAACCACCAACCAGAUGAGCGUCGCCAAAGUUGUGUACCUCUCCGAGAACGGCUCUGAUCUCGAGGAACUGGAUGUGCAGGGUACCACUUAUGCCCCCAAGGGUGACGUUCUCCGUGGUGGCAAGGUUGUCCGUGACCUUGCACAGUCCUCGGCUACUAUCCGCCAGAUCAAUGAGGUCGCCGCUCUUUGCAAUGAUGCCCGGCUCAACUACGACGCUCGCACCGGCAACUUCACCAAUGUGGGCGAGUCUACCGAGGGAGCCCUUCGUGUCUUGGCUGAGAAGAUUGGACCUUGCGCGCCUGCCAACUCGAACCCUGAGGCCUGUGUCCACCAUGCUAGCGGUUACUACGACUCCAAGUACCCGCGCUUGGCGACUUAUGAAUUCUCGCGCGAUCGCAAGAGCAUGUCCGUUCUCGUCAAGGACGGUUCCAAGAAGAAGCUCCUGGUCAAGGGCGCGCCUGAGUCGAUUCUCGAGCGCUGCUCCCACGCUCUGGUCGGUGCUGAUGGAAAGCGUGUUGCGAUGAGCAGCAAGAUCUACGACACUCUGUCACGCGAAAUUGUUGAGUAUGGAAACCGCGGCCUCAGAGUGAUUGCCCUUGCCAGCAUCGACGACGUCUCCUCCAGCCCGCUCAUCACCUCUGCCAAGUCCACCGCACAGUACGCCCAGCUUGAACAGGAUCUGACUCUUCUCGGUCUCGUUGGGAUGCUGGAUCCUCCCCGCCCUGAAGUCGCUGGUGCCAUCAAGGAGUGCAAGGAUGCCGGCAUCCGAGUCAUCGUCAUCACUGGAGACAAUCGCAACACGGCCGAGAGCAUCUGCCGGUCAAUUGGUGUCUUUGGCGAGUACGAAGAUCUCAAGGGCAAGAGCUUCACUGGUCGCGAGUUUGACAACUUGAGCCCUUCCGAACAACUCGAGGCUGCGAAAAAGGCCUCACUCUUCUCGCGUGUCGAGCCCAGCCACAAGUCCAAGCUUGUUGAUCUCCUUCAGUCCCUGGGUGAGGUCGUCGCGAUGACUGGUGAUGGUGUCAAUGAUGCCCCUGCCCUCAAGAAGGCUGAUAUCGGUGUUGCCAUGGGUUCUGGAACGGAUGUUGCGAAGCUGGCUGCGGACAUGGUUCUGGCUGAUGACAACUUCGCCACUAUCGAAGUUGCCAUCGAAGAGGGACGUUCCAUCUACAACAACACCCAGCAGUUUAUCCGCUACCUCAUCUCGUCCAACAUCGGAGAGGUUGUCUCUAUCUUCGUCACCGCGGCUCUUGGCAUGCCAGAGGCUCUCGUCCCUGUUCAGCUCCUCUGGGUCAACCUGGUCACUGAUGGUCUCCCUGCCACUGCUCUGUCCUUCAACCCUCCUGACCACGACAUCAUGAGACGCACCCCGAGAAAGCGUGAUGAGCCUCUCAUUGGCGGCUGGUUGUUCUUCCGGUACCUCGUCAUUGGCACCUACGUUGGCGUUGCCACCGUUGCUGGUUACGCCUGGUGGUUUAUGUAUAACCCCGAGGGCCCUCAGAUCAGCUUCUACCAGCUCUCGCACUUCCACCGCUGCUCGGCCGAGUUUUCCGAGAUUGGCUGCUCCAUGUUCCACGGCGACAUGGCCAAGGCUGCAUCGACCGUCUCGCUCUCGAUUCUCGUGGUCAUUGAGAUGUUCAACGCUAUGAACGCGUUGUCGUCCAGCGAGUCCCUACUGACCCUGCCUCUAUGGGAGAACAUGAUGCUCGUCUACGCCAUCUGCCUGUCCAUGGCCCUGCAUUUCGCACUACUCUAUACGCCGUUCCUGCAGAGUCUCUUCUCGAUUCUGCCGCUCAACUGGAAUGAGUGGAAGGCAGUGCUCAUCAUCAGCGCGCCAGUCAUUUUCAUCGAUGAGAUUCUCAAGUUCUUUGAGAGACAACUGUUCAUCCAGAAGACGACAGACCAUGCUGUCAAGGCGAAGAAGGAGGCGUAAACUGACGGACUGUGCAUGCUUAGAGAGAUGCCCCCCCCCUGAACCAUUACCAUAUCCUUGCCCACAUAUCUCAUCAUCUGCAUCAGCAUCUGCAUCAGCAUCUGCAUCAGUCCUUUGUAGAAUAUAUAUCUCGUCAGAAAGAAUUCAAGUCUAGAAAGGCCAUGGACAGACAAAGGCAUGUGGCUGCCGCGAGUAAACAAGAGCAUAUGCAUACGAUAGCAAGAGAGGUUCAUAGACAAAAAGAAGAAGAGAAAAGAUAUACAUCAAAUUUCACCACAACGACACACAGAACCCCCAUGAG